GGGUGGCUCAUUAUAUAUACGCUGUGAAGCUUAACAUUUAAGGCAAACACUACGCACAUACAUCAUAAGUAUGUGCUGUACAUAGGAUCUAUGCUUUCACAAACACUUUCGAAAACUCAAACAAUCAGCAGCUCUCUUGCCAACAGUAGUUUUUAUUUCGUUUCAUCUGCGAUUGAAUACAUUUAUUUAGGACGAAAGUUUUCCGCCCAUUGUUUAAGCGUCUGAUACUCGAAUGUUGAUGUCGGCAAAAUCUUGAUUCAUUCCAAACAGACAGAAGCUGAAAUAUAAAAGAAAGGAAGCUUUUAUCUAACAAGACUUCAAAACUUUAUCUUUAGAAAAACCAUUAAAGAUACCUGGAGACACGCCAUUUAUGUUGCCAAACAAUUUAUUACAAUAGACGUUGAUUUACAUUUGAUGGAAUGGAUUCACAUCAUUUUAAUUUCCAUUUGAAUCAUAAUCAAGCAAUGAUGAGUCAUCCACCUCCACCGACUUCAAGUCCACCACAAUCUGUUCCUGGCAGACGUACACCACUUGGAACAGUUGGCCUUGGUGGUUUCUUUGCUCAACCCCAUGCGUCAUCGUCACAUCAAAGUCACAGUGAUGAAAACAAGCCGAGUACAAGUUCGCUAAUGCAUUCAAGUGAAGUAUCAAUGCCUGCAAGUAGUAGUGCAACAACUGGUGGAAAGCAGAAAAACCGACAAGGAAAGUCAGUUCGACUGAAUAUAAACGCUCGAGAGCGAAGACGAAUGCAUGAUUUGAAUGAUGCUUUAGAUGAAUUGAGAAGUGUCAUUCCUUAUGCUCACAGCCCCUCUGUGAGAAAACUUUCAAAGAUUGCCACAUUGUUAUUAGCUAAGAAUUAUAUUCUUAUGCAAGCAAAUGCAUUGGAUGAGUUGCGAAGAUUGAUUGCAUACAUUCAAAGUACGACAGGUGCCCAGCCUCUUGAUUUGGCAUCAUUCCCUGCUGCUGCUAAACUUCAGCAACUUCUCAAUACACCACAAGCCCAACUUGAACAAAAUGCUAGUAGCUCCAAUAACUAAUAAAGUGAAAUUGAAGAAUUCUAAUUUUUAAAAUGAUUUUAAGAGAUUUUCUAGUCAUAAGAUCGUGUGAUUGUUUACAUUGAUCUAGUCUUGGUUAUAAUCAUUGAUAGUAUAUAAAUAGAAUAGUGCCAAAGUAUUUUUUUAUUUUCAUGUCAAAAUAUAACUUUAAAUCGGUGUGAUUUCUAUGUUUUCUUUUUUAAAAAUAUGAUUUUGUAUUCAAGAAACAAAAAGUAAUCAGAAAAAAGUCCAAGGAAACAUAAAUAGCAAUGCGAUAACAAUUGUAAAUUAUGUUGUCAAUUAUAGUAUUUAACAAAUAAAUUACUUGAUUGAGAUUUUUUAAGUGCAGAAAAA